UUCUGUCACUCCGGCACAGAGUGCAGAGCUACUGCUGCUACGGUUGCCUGCUUUCAUUUCAAUGCAAGUUCCAAUAACAUGAGAGGAAUGAGCGCUGUCUAGCACACCUGUCGAAGAUCGAUGUCCUCUGGCACAAACACAUGGACACAGGCCCACUGAGACGUCAUGGGCUCCAGACUGAAACAAAACCCUGAGCGAACCUUCUACUGGUUCUUUGAAGCAACUUGCCCUGUAGCCAGAGACAAAGAUCCAGAUGUAGUGUUUCAGUUUCCGGAGGACUUCGGUGAUGAGGAGUCUCGUCUAACACUGCCCAGGUUCUGCUUCCCAUAUGAUGUACAAAGACUAAUGGAAGGAGUGGCCGUGCAGCACUUUACUUUUGUCCUGACUGACCUUGAGGGAUGUCAGCGCUUCGGCUUCUGUCGUCUCACUAAGAACACGCACACGUGCCUCUGCAUUCUCAGUUAUCUUCCAUGGUUUGAAGUGUUUUACAAACUUCUCAACAACUUGGCCGAUUACCUCACAAAAGGACAGACCAAUGAGAUGAAAACCCUGCUGUCUGCGCUCUACAAGCAGUCCGUUCCACCAGCAUCUGGAUCAGUCACUCUGCAGAUGGGAGAGCAGCUAUUGGUCAGGGUGUCCCAUCCUGCUGGACACCCAGAGGGGCAACAGAGGGUUCCAUACUUCAUUGCUCCAGACCCCAGAAGUCUCCCUUCCAUCCCAGAAAAUAGGAACCUGACGGAGCUGAUCGUGGCAGUGGACGUGGGGAACUUGCUGCAGCUCUACGCCAGCAUGCUGUUUGAGAGACGCAUCCUCAUCUUUGCCAGUAAACUCAGCAGUUUGACAGCUUGUGUGCACGCACUCAGCGCUGUGUUAUACCCCAUGUACUGGCAGCACAUCUUCAUACCUGUGCUGCCUCCCCACCUGCUGGACUACUGCUGUGCCCCGAUGCCGUACCUAAUAGGGGUCCAUACCAGUCUAUCUGAGAGGGUGAGGAGCCGUGGGCUGGAGGAAGUUGUCAUUCUGAAUGUGGAUACAAACACACUGGAAACCCCCUUCGAUGACCUUAAGAGAAUACCUUCUGAUGUGAUGUCUGAACUGAAGGUGUGUUUGAAGCGCCAGGCCGUGUCUCCUGGCUCCGGUGUCUCGCGGGCCUUCCUCAAAGCUCAGGCUCUGCUGUUUGGAGGCUACAAGGACGCGCUGCAGGGUCAAAAGGAGGGGGAAAUAUCAUUUAGCGAGGAGCUAUUUCUAAACCACAAGUCUCCCAGUAUGAGGCACUUCCUACAGAGCGCCAUUCAUUUACAAUUCUUUAAACAGUUCAUUGAUGGCCGGUUGGAUAUUAUGAACAAAGGGAAGAAACCAGAUGACCUCUUUGAAGAGGAGAUCCUAAACUUUGAAACCACAGCAGCUAGAGGCAAAUCUUAUCAGCAGUUAGUUGGUAAUUUAAAGAAAGGGGGCGGGGCUCUCAUCUUCAACAUGAAAUCCAAGGCGAACAUAAAGGCCAAAAGUCUUGCAAAGACUGGUUUGAAAAAUCUGCUGAUCCCCAAGGCUCACAGUGAGGAACACAAGCUUCAUAGAGGAGGAUCGGUGUCACACCGCCGUGCCCAGUCCGACUGCCUGCAGAACCGCCUGCCAAUCAUGCAGCACUUUGGGAUGUCACGCCCCCGGCGCCCUCUUCACAAAAACAGCGCUUCUAGAAACAAGGACAACAGUGAUACAGGAGAUGAUGGAGCUGUGUCUGAGCCUGCCACGGAGCCCGACUCUGACUUCCAGAAGGAUGAAGAAGAAGAAGACGAAGAAGAGCCAGGGCUUUGUGACCCAGAAGAGAUGGAUCUGCUUGGGGAAAUCUUUGAUACCCUUAGUUCCCGGAGCUCCCAAGACCGUGGCCUGUUGUACAGCACACGCAGCCUUGAUCUGUUUGGACCAGACAGCCACGAUUUUAUUGCAAAGCGCGGCCCACGUAACCCCAACCAGGACAGCCUGUCCCUGUCCAUCAACGACAGCGGCAGCCUGCACAGCUGGAAUCUGGAGACCACAGAGGAGCUGUCAGACCUGGAGGAGGACUUUGAUGGUCUGUGUCUAGACAACAGUUUACCAGAGGAGGAGGGGACAGAGAGUCUGGUGGCAGUGUGUGAAAUGACUGAACAAGAAGAGGGACAGAGGGAGCACAGAGGAAAUCAGGAAGAAGUGGAAAUAGAAAGACAUGAGAUCCAGGCACAAGAAACAGAUGAGCGAAACUUUACGGAAAUUAAGUCAGAGGAAGAAGAAGAGUAUGAAGAUAAGGAACAGAGAAGAGGUUCUUUAGAGGAACAAGUGGCAGAAAUUGAGAUGCAAGAGGCCGGGUUGGAAGAAAUGAAGGAAAAUGAUAAAAAUCAGAUCGAGGAGGCAGCUAAAGAUGAAGAAUUAGAAAUAAAUGAAAUGCAUAAAGAGUUAACAGGAGCAGAAGAGGAAAAAGACAACAACAUGGUGCCUGAAAACAUAUCGCACUCAGAGGAGCAUGAGCAGGAGGACACACCCAGUCCAGAAAGCACAGAUACUCCUGAGGUUGCUGCUGACACGGAACCUUCAGCAGAAAAAAAGAGUGAAGAACUCAUAAAGAUUAAGGAACAGAAUGUGAGACAAACCCCCACUCCCCCUAAGGUGCGAUCUGCUGUAGCAUUUUUGCAGUCUCAGGGGUCCCUUCAAGGCUUCCAGGUGAAUUCAAGGACCAGGGCAGUGGUUGAGCCUGGGAAACCUUGCAACACGCAGUGGAGCUGGGGGAACACACCAACUCACUCAUCACAGGCCUUAAAUAUAGCAGAGGAGAACAAUCACUCAGAUGUGCAGGAGGAAAACCGUCCUCCUGUCAAAGUGUCAGAACUGAAGAAGAAAUUCGAAGCCUAAAGACGAUGCUCACUUACUCCCAAACGCAUGAAAAAAAGAGGAGAAGCAUGUCAGCGUUAGCUCCAGGUCCUCUAAUAGGGAACAUGUAGGCUGCUUGAUGUCAUUACUGGCUUCUGUUGCAUAUUAUACAGACUUGAAAGAAGACUUUAAUAACUAAAAGACUAAUUUGGUCCUGUAGAAAAAUGAUACAAUAUGUGUGUGACAGCUAAUUCCUUCUUAGUUAGGUUUGUCGGUAUCUGACUAUAUGGAAAACCGAAACUCACCAAACAGUACCUGUCCUGGGAAGCACAAACUGACUUUGUCUUAACACAGCAAAUAUUUAAAGACUGGUGAGUCAUGAAUUGCACUUAACAUUGAGUCAACUAGGGAGCGUAGCUAAAUAAAUACUGAUACCGCA